GAUGAAGAUGUUAAUCUUCAAGAAGAUGAUGAAAACACAGCUAGAAGCGGACAGACGAGUUUUGGAAAUAGAAGUAGGGGAGAAAAAAAGCAUUGGGCAGUAAAGUCACCCUAUCUGGAUCCUACGGUUGCGAACGAAUGGGCUACAACCAAUUUGUUGAGGAAUAACCAGUCCUCGAAGGUUGCAGCUCCAAUGAAGAUCGGCCCUACACGAGUAGUCCACUCUGCUCUAGAGGAAGGCGCCUCACCUACCAGUUUGGAAUCUCAGAUACGUCAAGAGAGUCGUAGGGAUUUUCAUGGAACAUUGCCUGAAGGUUCCGAGGACUGGGACAUAGUGAGACGCUUUUCCGUGGAUUUGUCGGAUCUACGGACGGACGAGGCUAGGCAACGGACCUUACACGCCUUGCGCAAGGCUCAAGGAGAGUACGCCUUUGCAAAGUACAAAUUUGAGAGGCAUGUAGAAGCCGUGACGCAAUUACAAGGACAAUUCAUGACGAAAACUGUUGCUGGUGGUGGUGAUGGGCAGGACAGGAGAGAUACAGAUGAGGCCAAAAAUGAGCAAGAGGUUGUUCUUACAAAUUCUGCCGAUGGGAUCAAAUUUAUUCCCGAUUGGUACUGUUUUCUCGAAUCCGAUGUCUAUUUCAUACCUGAGAAUUUUAAGCGGUUUGCGUUGCUUCGUGGAUACGAUCCUUGGCGACAGGCGCUCUUUCUGGGGCAUGUCUGGCUCUACGGCAACAUCCUGAUGGGACAAGUGACCGAACACAACUACGGUAGCUGUCUCUCGAGACGUGCCUUCGUAAAACUGGCAGUGCGACUGGCGAUACUGAAGCGUGAAGAGCUAGAAGACGAGCGAUUGGUGCUGGAAAGAGCACGUGAUGCAGUGAGGCGUGACAUCGACGAUACAAUAGCAAUAGCUGCGGAGAAGGAGAUGAGGAAGAGUCACCAGGCUGUGCAAGAACAACUUGGGGAAGAAGAAGACGGAGGAGCUACAACAGAUAAUGCAGCUGUUGCCGGUGGAGGUGGAGGUGGUGACGCGUCAAAGAACAUCAAGACGGAAAAGAGCGUGGACGAUGAGGGGAAAUUUACCACUGACCUCUGGUGGAUUCGGCAAGAGCAGGAUAGGAUAUGGAAUAGACAGAGCGUACGGUCCGAAGGGAUAGAUGGAGGGAUUUCACCAGCUGAAGUAUUCUCAGAAAGGUUUCAAAAAUCUGCAGUGCUGCAAAAGCAAAACAAGAGUCGUGAGGGAGAUCAUAAAGGUGAGAAUGACGGUGAGGACAGAACUGGAACAGAAGUAAAUCCUGGGGAAAAAGAAGAACAAACACAAAAUCAAAAUGUCGAUGAAGAAGGUGAACAAGAUUCAUCAUCUACUGAAGAUCAUGUAGUUGUAGUAGACGACGAGAAUAAAAGUACUGCUGCCCUACAAGACAAGUUACAGCGCUUACACCACAUUCUCUUCUCGCUGGAGCAUCACCGAUAUCCGACUCUGCAUGAUCCGGAGGUGUAUGUUGGAAAGGUUCGGCCGAACAGCAUGAAUCACUUCGGCACACGUCGCAUUCCUUCUCACUUUCAGUGUCUGCCGUGGAAGCCCUACGAAUGGCAUGAUAGUAUAGGCAUCGUGCAAGCCUGCUUGUUCGAUAUUGGCGUCUUCUCGGAGCCAGCACAGACCGUGACGGACAGCUUGGGAAGAUAUUUUUGGGCUCAAUUAUGGCCAAGGUGGAUGUCUUUUUAACUUUGUGCGUGACUUAACAACUCUAAGUUGUUUCUCUUUUCCGUCUGUGCUUCCCACGUCGAUCACGACUACAACGUGAAAGACCCCAACACCAACAUUCUGACCGACAGCCACAGCUGGUCUAAUCCACGCCUUAAACCGUGUAGUCGAGUAUUCUCCGCCAGUGGCCGCUGAGGAUUUCACGGUUCUGGCACCCCGUGACAUCCAAGAGUCAUACGGCAUGCUAAAAGGGAUGUGGGUCGCCCGUCUUCACACGAACCGCAUUUGCUUGGGCAAACGAAGGGAGAAGCAACUGGCGAGGCUGUUGUAUCUACGGAAACAAUUCCAGUUUCGGAGUCAUCUUGGAGGUAACGGUAAGACGGACACUAGUAUCGUGUCAGAGGACCACACGAGUCCUGUCCUAGAUAUAGAUGGAGGUAUGGCAUUGACGUUCUUGAAAACUGCUGAGCAGAGUUCCGAGGUGUAUGAAGCAGCAGUUCGCUCAGCAGAAGCACUGCUUCAUGACGAGCAUUUCAUGGCAUACGGCGACACGGGAGGAUUGCUUGUCGAGACUGCAGCAGCCGCAGUGAUUGCAAAUACCGCAGUUGUGCCAGGAAUAAUAUCUUCCGGUACUACCUCAUCUUCAAGAACAGGCACUGUUCUUGAAGAUGGAGAGAAUACAAUUGAUGGUGCAGAAGUAGCUGUAGAAGAAGAUGCUUCAUCCAGUUCAAGUUCCACUCCAUCAUCAUCAAGGCCAACCACUACUCCUACGCCUACACCUACUUCAUCUGCCGACUCUACUACUACGGAGCUUCCUGAUGGUGCGGAUGAAGUUUUACUGCGGACAUUGGAGGCUUCAGCAUACCUCCAUGACGCUUCUUCUUUGAAAAAUGUAGACUUCACCCUAGCACGGAGGCACGACUGGACGGCGGAUCAAGCCAAAGGUGCAGAGAUCCAAGAAGAGCGAGAUAGAUUGGAGAGUCUGGACUUGGAACUCGCGGAAGCCAACCUAAUGCCAACAUGUUUGGCGUCUCCGUCUGCGUGCAGAGCGUCUCGAAUGAAGAAGAAAGUUACGGGCCAACGACGACUAAGUACCCUCCAUCUUUUGCUUUUGGAACGUCAUCAUUAGGAUGGUAUAUAUAAAAUAGUGGUCCUGGUCUGAAGCGUCGUUAAAGAUGGUUUGUUGGCACCUCUAACAAGACGCGCAUGGCAAGACAGGACGCUAGCUCUAACGAACAACAACAAGUUCAACCUCCUCCUCUAGCAGCAGGUGAGCUGACAAACGAUGCAUUUAGGCCUGAGACUUUGGCGACAUCCUUAAAUGCAGUGUUGCGAGCGUACGUGCGAGACAACGCCGAAACCUACGCUUACUCGGAGUAUCCGAUAUUUAUGAUGCACGGAAAAAAUAUAUCAGAUGUGACUUGUUGUACACCUACAAUUUAUAGUAUACUUACAUCUUCCUCUUUCAUCUUCUUAUCAGAUGUAAAAUGUCUCGUUCUUCGGUUCCUUCAUAAUAUCAUCAUCACGGGUCAAGAACAGGAUCAUCCACGUCCUGUUCCCUCUUGAAAAUGUUGUCAUCACAAACUACUCUAAUUCCCGUUUCCACGGUCAUCGCGCCGCCGAACUGAACACACGGGAAGUAGUGAGAAACACUGGGGAGAAGAAGAAAGAUGUCAAGCGGAAAAAACUGAAGAACUUCAGCAUGGGCUUCGUCCACUCUGUAGUUCGCGGAGGAAGAGACUGUCCACGCCAGUUUUGCGCCGACUAUGUGCCUAAGGUAUGGAAACUUCCUCAGAAAAUGAAAAAGCCAUCUCAAAAACUAGAUUAGUCGCGAAAAUGUUCACGUACCCGUUGUCCUCUAUGGAAUAGGAACUACUGUGAUGUUAAUGGCAAAUUAUGAAACAGAAACUUCUCAUUCUGAGACAAGACAACAUUGAGACAAGAACAAUGAUAAAGUAACAAACUCAACAUGCUUGUGCAGCACGAAGAUUCCAAAACAAGUUUUCCUAUUUUACUUCGCUAAGACAAGAGAAUAGACAAGAAUGAGUAAGACAAGAGAAUAUACGAGAGAAUAGACGCAGCACCUCUUGACAAGAUGCAUUUGAUGAGCAC